CCCAAUAAGUGUAUAUUGAUUGCUUUGUGUGAAAGUUAUAGCGUCUACAAACUAUGGUAUAGAUACUGCAAUUUACGCCAUUUUUUUGCUAUACAGUGCUGCGCUAGUUUAACGGACAAUUGCGCGGUCAUGCAAUAUGGAAAGAUACUGGGAUUUUUAGUUUUUUUUUAUACUAAUAAUGGCGGCGAUCAGCGACUUAUGGCGGCGAUCAGUGACUUAUGGCGGCGAUCAGCGACUUAUGGCAGGACUGCGGCAGACAUUCUGACAUUGGGGGGUACUGACUUGGGGUCACUGACAUCCCCAGUGACACCAAUACAGUGA